UCAAAUAGAAGACAGAUGAAAGCAAAAGAUCAGAAAGCGACGCCUUCGCCUCGCGGAACCGCCACCACAUUACGUCCUACUAAGGUAUCCUCACUCUCGUCCCUCUUCGGCCGGGGCUGCGAGUAUGAGUCCGCCCGUCUCAUGCUCUUCUUUCUCUCCACAGCCGUCGGCAUCUCCGCAGUUACCGCAUUGUUCCAGCUGUAGACGCUGCUCGUGCGAUCAUCAAAAUACACGCUGCUCGCACCUGUCUUGGGCCUCGGUCUUGGCUUGGUAAACGAGUCCUCCCUCUUGAUCGGGUACUCUCGUUCGACGCCAUCUUGGGAGGAGCCCUCGGAGUUGACGGAUUCCGAUCUUACUAAAGGCGAUGUGCGCCUGGCCGCGUCCCAUCUAUCGGGCUCUCAAAGCCAUCUCCGUCGAGCGACCGUCCGAAGCGCGCCGCGUGUGUGUCGG